AUGUCUGUUCCACAGCACACUGUAAUACCAGGACUGUCUCUGGAGCCAACCUUUCUGGAAAUGGUAAACUCUAUUAAACAGAUCUCUUCUGGUAAAUCACCUGGCAGUGAUGCUAACCCUCCUGAAAUUUACAACCAUGGUGGCCAGAAGCUUUUUAACAAACUGCAUGACCUCUUCAUAAACAUCUGGAAGGAAUUGAACAACUUAUUAAGUAACACAUGUUUACAGAACACUCUAGUGACUUGGAUUCCUGUUGGAUGGCUACUGCUUGCUUGUGUCAUCUACAUUCCAUGUUUAAGAAGAAACAAGACCAUACGCAAACGUUUAUCCUAUCUUACACUCACCAAAUUGACGACCACCAGUUUAUUAAUCUCAGCCACCAUUACUUUCCUCUUAUACAUCAACAUGAUGAAAUACAAGGAUAGAACUGUCAUCAAUUUCGGCAAAGGUCUGACUCUAUUUUCACAGGUUUUAUCAUUGGUGCUGCAGUAUGUGGAAUUUAAGAAGAGAGUCUUUACAUCUGGUGUGAACUUCAUCUAUUGGCUGCUGGCCAUUUUUGAAAAUAUUGUUUGGUUGUUUGCUGUGGAGAAGCAGGCUGAGAAUCCUUAUGAAACUGCUUCCUUCUUGUCGCGUUUAACAUUUUUCUGGAUGACAAGUGUGAUGUGUCGUGGCUGCAGACAGAGGAACCAAGACAAUUUUGUCCCCAACCUGAUGGAAAACGACACAACAUCCUACAUUCACUUGAAAUGCAAAGCCUCGGAGAAGACAAUGAACUUAUUUUCAUUCAUGAAGAACAAAACCCAGCAUUGGUUUUUAGUUCUUUGGAGUAUGUUCUGGAAAGAAUUAGUUCUCAUCUUUUUGAUACGAGGAAUGUACGACAUUUUGGUGUUUGUAAACCCUAUCCUUCUCUUUUAUUUCCUCCCCUUUCUUGAAAGUAAAACACCAGGUCCCAAAUGGUUAGGUUACGUCUUCGCAUUCACAUUCUUCAUUGUCAAUAUAGCAAUGUCCAUGGCAGACCAAGCGGUUUACUGGAGAAGUAACAGGUUGGGACUGAACGUAAAGACAGCAAUUACUGAUGCCAUCUACAGGAAGUUGCUGAAGAAGAGAGGUCAACUUUUACAGGACGUGUCCAUAGCCAACUUACUCUCCGUCGACACUGACAUGUUCCACGAGUGCAUUGCCUUCCUGUGGGUGCUUUGGUCGGCCCCGUUACAGCUCAUCAUCUGUUGCAUCAUUCUUUUCGUGAACUUCAAAUGUGUCGCCAUGUACUGCCUCCUCAUCUUCCUGGCGUACGCCUUGGUAAAGUACUGCCUGAAAAAGAUCGGUGAAUGUCACGAGGAAUUUUUGAAAGAGAAAGACAACCGACGAUGUGUGAUGAAGGAAAUCAUGGAUAAAAUAAAAGUUAUAAAACUUCAAGCUUUAGAGUCGAUUUUUCUGAAGAAAUUACAAGACAUCCGAAUAAAAGAACUCAGCUUUUUGCAAAAACGUCUUCUCUGGGAUGCCGUCAUUGCAACAAUCUCUGAAGUUCUUCCAUUUGUGGUAUGA